AGGCAUCAUCAUUUUCCAGCGCCUGUAUUCGCUGAUAGUAAUAAAAUAAUUAGGAGCGUCAACGUACUUUUUUCUCUUCGUUUUUUGCUGUUGCUGCUAUUUGCGAGGCGUAUUAGAAAGCAAUGGCCUCUGCAGACUCACCAACGUCGAUGCAGCUGCUUAUCGCCCAUCAAUACAUGCACGGCCCCGGGGCCCCACCGAACAUUAGCGGUUCGAGUGACCGGCGCCCACGGCGCUUGUGCUCUGCUGACCUGUCCUCGCACGGACGUAGCGGGGGCGAAUACAGCCCCUACCUGUACUCCUCCGUAAAUGAGGUCACGCAUCAGCUACCACCGACGUUGGGCACACACUACGGCGAGGCGCCCUACUACCGAGGCAACAACGAGUUCGAUCGCCAGCUGCGGCGAGAGGUCUCCCUCGCCGCUCACGACCGUUCUCGACCGCCGCAAAGUGCACCUCCGACUCAUCCGUCCUCAGCGAGGUUUGCGGCCUCUGCCCGUGCACCCACCUCGCAAAACAAAACUGCGUCCCGCAUCUCCUUCACCUCGGCUAACGGACCCAGUAAGAAGGACGCCGUACGUACCGGCAGCGCUCCCCCACCUUCUCGCUCAGCCCUUUCUCCCAGCGUCACGUGGCGUCGACCAUCACAAGAGUCGCUGCCCUCCCUCUCGUCGGCUUCAAAUGCGCACGCGAUUGUGCCGGAAGCAGCGCUGGUGCCGUGUCUGCGGCUCACCGUGAAGCAAAACGGUUUUGUGGUACGAGAUGAGCUAGGGACGGAUAAGCACAUGCGCUUUCAUCGAUACCUGAUCAACACCGUGUCGUGA